AUGUCUCCCCCGCACCUGCCCCUCGCGGCCGCCGCAGCCACCUCGGCGGCCGUCGGCGUAGCGCUCAGCAUCCGCCUGCUGCUCCUCCUCUCCCGCUCCCGCGCGCUCAAGCCGCUCGCCGCCACCACCUCCGCCGCCGCGGCCGCGCUCCGCACCCCGCGCCUCCUCGCGGCCGCCUCCUCCCCGCUCGCGGCCCUCCUCGCCGCCUCCAAGGCCGCCUCCAAGUCCUACAAGGCGGCGCGCGCGCUCGACCCGGCCGCGCGCCUCCCGCGCCUGCCCUCCUCCAAGCGCGUCAAGGCCGCCUUCGCCGCCGCGUCCCUCCUCCGCCUCGCCGCCGCCGCGCCGCUCCUCGCCGCCGCCGCGGCCUCCCCCACCGCCUUCGCGGCCCUCGCGGUCCUCAAGUCGGGGUACAAGCUCUCCAAGAACUCCGCCAAGGUCGUCGAGGGCUUCCUCGGCCUCCAGGUCCACAAGGGCUUCCGCAACGGGGUCGACGCGCUCGGGGUCGUCGUCAAGGUCGCCGUCAUCGCAUCCGAGCUCGCCGUAUGGGUCGGCGCACGAUUCUGGACCGGCGAUGGACGCGGCCCCUGCGUUCGUUUCCUUGGCCUCGCCAGGCCUCCGGGUAGCCUGGUCCUUGUCGGCUCUACAUCGUCAUCUCAUGAAGUCCAGGUCGUGCUCUUUGAUCCUGGAACCAUCGACAUGGACGACGACUACCCACAGGAGGAGCCCUCCGGCUUGCUGUGCCUCGCGGUGCCCCUGCCUGACACGGCAAAACUAGUGAGUUACUAGUAGCAAUUUAACUACUGUAACACGCACACACACCUGUUGUAUGUACAAUUGCUUUGUAUGUAUGUAGGCACGCUUUUCAGUUUUGCCUUUAGUUGCUCAUGUAGUAGUAUGUCAGUAGAGUUUGUUGGUGCAAGGAACUGUAAGCACUAUCUGGAUUCCACUGCAAGGAAUUCGUCAGUGGAAUAAUGCACAUGUAGUACCCUCUCAUCAACCAACCAAAAGUAAAUAAAACUGCUGUGCAUCAGAGUCUUACUCCUUGUCUCAAUGUACUCUGGAUUCCAGUUAGCUGACACUUCAUGGGUUUUCAGGUCUAGUAAGCCCUAGUUUGGGAAUUUGGUGUUGAUUGCAGUUUUGUGCAUGUACAGAACUCUAAUGCGCCAAUGCUACCAGAUUCCGUAUGUCAAUUUAUUUUCACUUCAGCUUUAGGUAUCCGAUUUCUUUAUUCUUCA